AUAAUAUCCUGUAUACUUUGUAAUAUUUUAGGUUUGUUCAUUUAGCUUCGCUCAGACGCUAAUUACUGUUACUUCGCACGACUUAGCCAGGCAUGCUCGCAGCACCACGUUGGAGUGCAAACUGACAACACAUUACAAAACAUUUAUGAAUCAUCCUGCGUUUUAAGAAACAUUUUACUUUUUCUGCAAGCCGAGUUUUUGUGCCACGUACUGUACAUUCACUCAAGCGCUCAGCUACAUGCAAUUACUUGGUUCCAGACCUAACCGUGAUGAUCAGCCCUGAGGACAAGGUGGAGAAAAUGGUCCCAGAUACUGAGGAGAAGUGGAGGGAAGGAGUGGAAGAAGAGGCACAUGUUGGAGAUGGAAAAAUAGACAACAAAGAGGAGGACAAGGAAGAAACGAAACGAGAGGCAGAGGAGGAAAAAGGUGAUGUCAUUGACGAAGACGUUAAAGAAAAGAAAAAAGUAAAGGAGGCGGAACACCCCAAGAAUAAAAGAGCUAAAAAGGCUGGCAGAACUAAAGGCCAGAAGCAGCCUGGGCAGCUGAACCUGAACAAUGAGGUGGUGUGUAUGAGGAAGGAGAUGAAGCGGGUGAGGGUGCUCCUCAUCAGGAAGCUGACACGGCAGAUUGCUGUGCUCAAGAAGAAAAAGGGGAAUGAGGUGGCAAUUGAGAGGAAUCAGAAGAGGGCUGCCCGCCUACUGGACGAGAUCCAUGCAAUGAAAACACUCCAACUGGACCUUGUGACCAAGACGGCCUUGCAGAAGACUCUCAACUUUGAUCAGGUGUGUAGGAACCCAAAGUCCACCAUGUCUGACCGGGCUGUGGCUCGCAUUGCCUCGCACCCGCAGUUCAGUAAGAGGAUCGAGGACAUUAAGGCUGCUGUGAAAGCUUUCCAAGCUGAAAGGGUGAAGGGAGGAAAGCAGGGGGAGAAACAUCAAAAGGUGGAAAAGGAAGACGGCGAGCCAUCGCCGGUUAAAAGGGCAGACAAAGUAGCCAAGGGGACAAGAAGUACAGAAGAAGUGGAGGAAACAGAUGACUCUGAAGAGCAGGAAAGACAACAUAGUCAAGUUCCAACUCCAAGUAUUAGGCCAGCGUCAGUCAAAAAGUUUGAGGUUAAGCAACCGGCCAGAAAGAAACCACAAGCUAAGAGUCAAGAAAAUAAACCCAAACUAAAGCCGACUCAUACAAAAGAGGAGGGAGAGAGCGAUUCAGAGAUAUUAGACCAGGACAAAUCAGACGGUACCGUGGCUGCCAAACCGGUUCCUAAGCCCACCCUUAGGAAACAAGAUGACAAGAGCAAUUCUGAGGUUUCUGACAAUUCGAACUUAGACGGUACCGUGGCUGCCAAACCUGUGCCUCAAACCAAACAAAGAGACCAGAGCGAUUCAGAGAUUUCUGAGGACGACAAAUCGGACUCAGACGUCAGUAUCGUGGCAGCCAAACAGUUGCUUAAACCCACUCUUGGGAAACAAGAUGACAAGAGCGAUCCUGAGGUUUCUGACAAUUCGGACAUAGACAGUACAGUGGCUGCCAAACCUGUGCCUCAAACGAAACAAGGAGACCAGAGCGAUUCGGAGAUUUCUGAGGACGACAAGUCGGACUUAGACGUCAGUACCGUGGCAGCCAAACAGCUGCUUAAACCCACUCUUAUGAAACAAGAUGACCAAAGCGAUUCUGAGAUCUCAGACGACGAGGACAAACCCUACUUUGACGACAGCACCGAGGAACGCUUCCACAAGCAGUCCCAGUCGGAGAGCGACAGCGAUAACGAUUUCUUUGUGGGCAAAGUGAGCAAAUUCAAGAAGAAGAAGAAGGAGAAAGAGGGGGUUAAGGUGCAGUCGGUAAAAGAGGAAACGUCAAAACCAGUGGAUAAGAUUCAGAGUGAGCUUGAUGAGCUGGAGUCCAGGUUAAAGGCCAAAGCACCCAAACUGCAGACCGUCUUCUGCUCUUUGUCUCAGUCCAAACCGAGCAGGGGCCGCAGAGGGAAUUCCUUUCAGGGCCGAGGGAAGCCGACGGGCAGAGGAAAUGGAGAUGGUGAAAAGCACAGCAGGUUCCAGAAGGAAGAGAGAGGAACAGCAACGCUAAAGUACAACAAGAACCCAGAGACCAGACGCUUCCGGUCUGAGGAGGCAACCUCCAGAGGGCGUGGCCGAGGUGGUAAUCCGAGGCAACAGGAUCGCAGAGGAGGAUUUUCCCAUCAGGCACCACAACAGGCCCUUCAUCCCUCCUGGGAGGCCAGUAAGAAACGGAAGGAGCAGCAGGGCCAGAUUUUGGCCUUCCAAGGGAAGAAGAUCAAGUUUGAUGACGAUGACUGAGGUCACGUGCAUUUGAUUUGAAAUCAUCGUUGGGAUGUAACUUUGUGAAAAUGUCCCACACCGUUAUUGUGACCAAACUCAUCACGGGUAGUUAUUACUCAUGCUAAAAUCAUUUUUAAUUAAGAUAAAUUAAACAAUAGCAGAAGAAAUAUUGUUCUGGCUUCUUUAAGAGUCACUAAUAUUAUUAUUACUGAGUGUUUAUAUUUGUUUAUCUUCUCCCAUUUUAAUUUGUAAAGGUUUUGUUGGGUGUGUUUCUUAAUUUGAAAGGCAAAACAGGUGUUUGUAAUGAGGAAAGACAUUCAUGUGUCUUGUAUUCAUGUUAGCACGCUUGCUACUUCUGUGAUGAGCAGUAUCACCGUGACUUUUUGCAAGUGUGGAAAUCGAUCAUAACAUUUGAAAUAAUAAAACUAACCAUGGGGAAAUGUUUACCAUAACUAGAAUGGUUACAUCAUCGUCUUCCAUUCAAAGCAGUUUUAUUGUUUGAUAUUGAUUUUCCAAAAGUGAAAUACAUGCAGUUUUUUACCUUCUUGUUAUGUUACCAUCUAUUGUUUAGUAAGUUAUCUGCUUAUU